UCAUGGUUAUGAUAUUUGUGAUUUCUUUUGAUUUAUCCAAUUUCUCUUCUCUUCAGGAUACAUGAGAAAUCCUUGUUUCAAGUUCAUCCCUCAGACUGUAAACAUAAACUUAUUUUGAUUGUUUAUAUAAUCAUCACCUAAUCAUCUUAUUCUUGUCACCAUCAUACAAUUGUAACUUAGUGCCAUCAACCGGAUUACAGUGUUGUGUGAUCGACUACCAAUCGGAUUAUAUAUUGGAAAAAGUGAUCGAGAAAAGUUCAACUUUAAGAUGAAAUAAAAUGUUCACUUUUCUGUUAAUAGUUUUCGAUAAUAUUUUUCUUCCUUUGUGAAUUCAUUGUUGAACAAUAUUUCACAUCAAAAGAUUUCACUUCAUCUUUACAGAAGCACAAGAGAAGAUAGAAAUCAAAAAUCAUACUGAUCCUUUUUCAGUAUAAUACCACUCGAAUGAGCCCAAGAUAAGGGUGAACAUCUAAAUCCAACAAGGAAACUGAGGAAGUCAAACAGUCAAAAAGGAGGAGCAGAAGGUGGAAAAAUAGUUGUUCGUAGGAUAAAAUAAAAAGAGAAUCGAAAGUGGAGGAGAAAAAGAGUUGAAAUAGCGAUUGGGGUCGAACAAUGAUUCUUCGAUUUCUUUCCAUGAUAUUCUGUUAUGAUAUAUCUUAUAAGAUUGCUUUAUCUCAAUAUGUUGCUACCCUCGGUGGUAUCGUUGCCUUUUCAUGUAACGUCUCUGAUUGGGGUGAUGAUACUGUCAGUUUAAUGUUAUUUUACAAAGAUGGACUCAAAGUGCCUUUUUACAGUCUCGAUGCUCGAGAAGUGCCUUUCCCUCAAGCUAAACGAUUUGGUAACGAUGAUCGUAUGUACGUCAAUGAGACAACCUCACCUCCAUCGCUUGUAAUUAAAUCAGUUAAACUUGAAGAUGAAGGUGAUUAUCGGUGUAGAGUUGAUUUCAGAGAUGAUAAAACAAGGAAUUCAUUAUUUUCGUUAAAAGUUGUUCAUAAACCUAAAGUAACCGUUAACCUUGGUGCCAAUUUAAAUCCAAACAAUAUCAAGGAGGGAAUCGAUGUGAUCCUUGAAUGUAACAUAAUCGCUAAUCCAAAUAUUUUUGAAAUCGGUUGGACUUUCAAUGAUAAUCCGGUAAUUUCCAAUCUAUCGGAUGGAUUAAUUGUUUCAAAUAAUUUUCUGGUUCUACAAAAAGUGAAAAAAUCCCACCGGGGAAAUUAUCAGUGUAUAGCAAUUAACUCGGUUGGCGAGGGUCGUAGUAAUCAUUUUUUCCUGAGAGUUCAAUUCGCUCCAAUUUGUAAGCCAGAUCAACAAUUAGUUUAUCCUAUUGGUGCAAGUGAGGAAACUUUAAUCAGCUGUUCUGUUGAUGCUGAUCCAGAUCAGAUAUCAUUUAAAUGGUAUUUAAAUAGCUCAUCAACUAAUUAUGGGAUAAACAAUUAUACCGUUAAUGAGACUACAAGUUAUUUACUUUAUUCACCAAAAAAUCGUUACGGUUAUGGUUCAAUCUAUUGUACAUCUUCAAAUUCAAUCGGCCAUCAAAAGGAUCCUUGCUCAUUUAAUAUUAUCCCUCCAGGUAUUCCAGUGAAGGUGGAAAAUUGUACCAUGAAGAAUCAAUCGUUAACUGGAUUAUUAGUUGAUUGUUCGACUACCCCACUUACUGGACCUUCGCCCAUUUACAUUAUCGAUGUUUAUAAAGCCAAAACCCGUGAGAAGAUAAAAAGCCUUACCAAUAGAGAUCGUCCAACGUUUUUACUUCAAGAUUUAUCGCCUCAGGGUUAUUAUGAAUUAUAUGUUUACUCUAAGACCACUGGAGGUCAAAGUGACCCUGUCUCCCUGAAAGCAUCUUUAUCCUCGACAACAAUGACACAUAAUCAAAUGAAACAAGAUAUUACCAGGGAAGAUACUUACAGUCCUUUGUUGGUUAUAUUAAUGGCCAUUGUUGGAACUAUUCUCAUCAUUAUCAUCAUGAUUAUAUUGGCUAUAAGAAUCAAAUCACAUCGUGUUGAGGUUACUGACAGAAGACAGGUUGGACCUUCAACCGCUUAUUACGAUGAAUCAAAGUCAUAUCCCAGAAUAACACAGAAAGAGAAAAGCCUUUGUGAUCUAGUUAAUAUCGAUAAAAGCCUUCCAAACGGAGACAUCUCAUGUUUCCAGAAUCCUUAUGAUUAUCACAACAUUAAACAAACCAUUGAAAUGACAUUAAAACAAAAUAAACUUCCGAUUCCAAUGAGGUCAACAAUGAUUCCUGAAAGUCCAACAGUCAAAUCAUAUCAGUUAUCCUCAUCUUCAGUAAAGGUUAGUUCCAAUGAUCAGUUAUUUAUUUUUUCUCUUCCGAUGAAUCUCAUGGAAAAUUCUGUGACAUUUUCCUUAGCAUUUAUAUUUUAUAUUGGUGGAGACGAUUUUUCCAUUUUCGAGUCUUAAUACGUUUCCAAGUUAAUUUCAAAUGACCAAAAUUUCCAAUUUAUUCUUUGUAUUGAAUCAUAUUUGGAAAGAUAUCAUUAGUAUAAUAUGAAGAAUAUAUUUACUGAGUUUUAUGAUACCUCUCUCUCCCAGAAUUGUCUACCUCACCCUAAUCUUAUGGACAGAAAUGUCAAACGUUGAAAAGUGAGAAGGAAAAAAAUGUAUUCCAAGUUAUCUGGUAUUCAUAUUCAUGAAUACCCAUGUACUCAGAUGUAUUGGUCUCAGGUGAAUUUGAAAUUUGAGAUGGAAUCAGAAAUGGAAUCGUAAUAACAAGAUGAACAUUUUCCUUAUCCAUUUUUCAGAAUGAUAAUAUUACUAUUACAUUUUAUGUACUUUGUUUUGUUAUCUUUUUAUCAUCAUCAUGACAAAAUUUACUCGAAUAAGGAACUGGAACAACAAUUUUCAGAUUCAGUAGAGAAGUAAAAAAGUUCAGUAAUAUUUUCAAAUUUUUUAUUCUCAUCCUUUCAGGGGAGAUGGAAAAGAAAAAGUUCUAAAGACAAAAUGUUUAAUAAUAAUACCUACAAGUCGAUUCAAAUUGUAGUAGGAGAAAAAUAUUCUACUCGAAUCUGAAGAGAAUUUAUUAUUUUCUAUUUCUGAUAAUGAGAAUAAAAAACAUUAUUCCAAUGAUUAGAACUUUUAUUUUUUCUCUCUUCUAUCCAAAUCAAAUUAGAUUCUAAAACUGUAACUGAAUAGUUUUCGGAAACUUUAUCAUGUUGUUUCAAUUCUGUCGACUUAGAAAAUUUUCUCAAAAAGAUCGUAACAUGAUAAUGAGAAGAAUAGAAGGAAAAAAAUUGAACUGUUCAGAUAAAAAGUGUUCGUUAGUCUAUAAAAUUGUUUUUUCCUAAAUCGGAAAUUUAAACCUAUUUUGAUUAUUAAUAGAAUUUCCAAGAAAAUUUCAUUUCUUAAGUCUGAACAAUGUCUCGGAACUCAUGAACUAUCUGUUAAUAUAUUAUUAUCUUUGUCUCUCUCUCUGAUUGUCGAUUUGAGUGUGAAAACUUUGCCCUAGAGGAAACUUAGUCCAUGGACUUUCAGUUCAUUCCUAAUGUAUCAUGAUAACAAUCCAUCAUUGAGUCUCUCAGAAUUUCAUCAUGCUGAUAAUAGCCCACCAGCUAUUUAUUUAUCUUAUCCAUUAGAAGAAUAGAAUGAGAAAAAAGUGCCAACAAAAGUAAAAUUAGAAACUUUCAACAGAAUGAGAAAACCAAGAUUCGGACACCCUGAUAUUAUAUCUUUGACAUUGAUAUGAUUAGCUGAUAGCAUUUCUUUUAACAGAAAAUGCUAUCAUGUUACAUGAUGAAAAAUCUUGUUUUUUUUCAUAUCACAUUUUUUUUCGUUCGUUAUUUUCAAUCUGAAAAAUCAGAUUCUGUUGGAAUGAUAAUUUCCAAAUCACAGUUAGAUAAAUGGUUAAAUUGAAAUGCUGAUGAUAUUUUAUCAGGAAAAGUGAAAUUGAUGAGGAUUGUGUUGAAUUGUUUGUGACAAUCAAUAGUAUUCAGUGUAAAGGGAUAAAAUGAGAAUAUAUUUUAGGCUUUUUCCUUAACUUUUUCCUAGAAUUUUAUCAGGACACAGAAUCCAUUCAGAUUUAUUCAUAUGUAGGUUUCCACAUCCUCCAUGAUAGUUAUAAAUCCAUUUAUUAUUUUAUUUCCCAUUGAGAUGAAUAUCACUUUUGAAUACACUUUUCAACACAAGGGAAUGCAAAAUUUUUCUCUCCUUUUGUAAAAAUUGAUGGUUAUGAUAAAGAAUCAACAUUUUCCUCAGUCACUUGUUACCAUUCAAAUGUUUAUCUUUUUUUUUUCAUCUUCUUUUCUGGAGUCAUCUUUUUGUUACCAUUUUCCUUUUUA